GACGUUGAUUGGCUUUUAAAGACCAACUCUCUUCUGAUCAUACAGCGGUUUGUCGGAUGUUUGUGGUGUGUAUUUAACACAUACCAGGUGUCAUUCCGGUAUAAAUGGGUGCCUGUGUCUCUGUUUUUAGACAGAAAAUAUUUUUGCCCUUCUUUAUUUAUCCGUGUACAGCACACGAUUGUCGACUUCCUGUAGUAGUUUGAGAGGAUUAACUUACUGUAGGUGGCUAGGUUGCUAGUAAUAAGAACUGUAAGUGAGAGUUAAAUCGGCUCAGGACGUCGUUUUUUUUUUUGCCUUGCAUAAAAAUGAUAGUAAACGACUGUUUUAUCUCUGCUCCUGGGAAGGCUAUUCUGCACGGUGAACACGCAGUAGUACACGGGAAGGUGGCACUUGCUGUGUGUUUAAACCUUAGAACGUAUUUGAGGUUAAGGGCAACAACAAAUGGAAAAGUUUGCAUCAACCUCCCGAAUAUUGACACAUUUCUCAGCUGGGACCUGGAUGAGGUGAAACAACUAAAUCCCCAUCCCUGCGGUCAGAGUGAAGAGCUCAACUGUCUAGACCAUGAAAUUGUGAGACGGCUGCGUGAUUUUGUUGGUGUCGUUGAUGGAAAACUGGAUACAGGCAACAUGGCCAUUUUGGCCUUCCUCUACAUCUACAUCUCACUGUUUGGAUCAGGUGAGCUGCCCAGCUUGACCAUGUCAGUUUGGUCAGAACUACCAACCGGAGCAGGACUGGGAUCCAGUGCUGCCUACUCGGUGUGUUUAGCUGCAGCUCUGCUCUGUGCCUGUGGAGCAAUUCCUGUCCCACUCAAGGAGACAGAUCACACAGCCAGAUGGUGCCAGGAGGAUCUGGAGUUGAUCAACAGCUGGGCCUUCAAAGGAGAAAUGAUCAUCCAUGGUAAUCCUUCAGGAGUGGACAACGCUGUGGGAACGUGGGGUGGCAUGCUGAGAUUUGUGGUUGGGAAGAUAAUUCCUCUCAGCAGAGUGCCACUAUUAAGAAUCCUCCUCACUAACACAAAAGUACCACGCAGUACCAAGGUACUUGUUGCCAGGGUGAAGGACAAAAUUAACAAGUUUCCCUCUAUAAUGAUUCCAGUGCUUGACUCAGUCGACGGCAUUUCAUGCACUUGUGAGAAAGUCCUGUCAGAGAUGACCUCUGAACCCAUUACAGGAGAGCACUACAACAUUUUAGAGGAGCUUAUUGACAUUAACCAGCAUCAUCUGAAUGUAAUGGGGGUGGGACACCCCACCUUAGACACACUCUGUCGGGUCACACUAACCAGAGGACUCCACAGCAAACUAACUGGAGCAGGAGGAGGAGGUUGUGGCAUCACUCUCCUCAGACCAGAGACUGACUCACUUGUUGUACAGAGAACUGCGCAGGACUUGAAAGACUGUGGCUUUGACUGCUGGGAGACCAGUAUUGGUGGGCCUGGGGUUCAACAGCACUCUCCAGUGUCUAUAAAGCAGGAAGUUCUGGACAUUCUGAACAAAUACUGACACAACUUGGUGACUAAACUAGUGGGUCACAGACAGUCUGUGCUACUGUUGUUGGUGUCUCCAGCUGGAACAUAACUGAACUAACAGAAUGGGAUCAAUGAAAAAGUCACACUGAACAGUUCUGGAUAAAGCAGUCUGAACCAGUAAAGUGUAGACGUUGAAAUGUAGUUAUGAGCUAAUAUAAUGGUAAAAAGGACACGAAAAGCCUCAUGUGGGGAGCCAAAUGACUGGAGACGUGUACUAAGCUUUUGUCCACUAGAUGGCACAAGAGUUAAACUAAUAAGUUUAAUGAACUCCUACUGAGAGGUUGUGAUUAACGUAUUUUGAAUGUUGAAGUUCUAGCAGGAAUUUAUUUGUAAUUUUAAGUUUUAAGCAGCUUAGACUGACCUAUUAUUCAUAUUGAUUAUAUCAAUCAAUCAGUGAACCCCUGUCAAAGCAGCGCAUCACAGCACAUCACGUUGGAGUAUGACAGAUUUGCUGGAAGUUAAUAGAAAAUAAUACAAAAUCAUGAUGGAGUUGUAAACUAAAUUUGUAAUUAAUUAAUAAUGUAUUUUCUUGAUAAUGUCUUAGAACUGAGUUACAUCAAAUAUCUGGUUCAAAAUAAAUGGUAAAGUCAC